GGACCGUUGGAUCAGGAGCGGAUCCCCAUUAGAAGGCUUCCUGACCCUUCGAUUGCCAUAUAAAAGGAAGCGGGCGCCUUCCCCGCGUUCCUCUUCUUGAUAGUUCUCGCACUCUGUUCUACCGUCACUACCUCCGCCUUCUUCUCGCCAUGGCUCCGACUCCGAGCGUUCGCUGCGACUCCCCUUCCUUUAAGAUUGCCCUUGCCCUCUCUCUCAUCCGCUUCAACAAGAUUCACCGUCCUUCUCCCUCCUUCUCCUCCGACGCCCAGCGCUGGAAGCGGAAGGCCAAGGACCGGAAGCUCGAGAUCCUUAGGCUCCGGGAAGAGCUCAAGCAACUUGAGGAUGGGAGAACGUGUGAAGCCGAUCUACCAAUUGCAUCAUGCCGGUGCCAUUUCUUUGAUGGGAUCGGUGAGUUGGGAGGAGAUGGUUCGGGACGCGGUGAUGGAGGACAUUGGAUCGAUGAGGUCCUGAGGAGGAGAUUCCUGAGGCUGGUUCGCUGGAAGGAAAGGAGGAAGAAAGUGGACCGACCUCUGAAUCAAAAGCAUUUCCUAUCAUUUGGCAGUGAAAAUGAGAUAGAGCAGCUGGGUACAUCAGUAGAUUUCUUGGUGGAGUUUACAGAUAAUAUCCUAGUGAAAGGGGAAAUUGGCCCUUCUUUUGCUACUUUUUCUCAUCAAGCUAUAGAUUUCAUUUUAGCCUCAUUAAAGAAUUUACUAUCAUCACAAAAGGAUAUCGAGCUCAUUGAAGAUAUUGUCAAUGGGUUGAUUAUGCGUCUAAUCAGAAGAAUGUGUGCCAUCCCUGAAAAUGAUGUAUCAGGCUCAGUGAAUUCUGAUUCAGAUCCUCAAUUUUGUGUUCAACACCUAAUUCGCAAGCUAGGAAAUGAGCCAUUUGUUGGUCAAAGAAUUCUCCUUUCAGUCUCCCAGAAGACUUCAGUAGUGAUUGAUAGCUUACUUCUCAUGGAUCCGUUUGAUGAUUCAUUUCCUUGCCUUCAUGGAAACAUGUUUAUGAUGAUUGAACUUAUGGAGUUUCUGAUAUCAGAUUAUGUCAGAAGCUGGAUAAGCAUUGAAGAUUUUGACGCAAGGCUUCUCGAAGAGUGGGUGAGAUCGGUUAUACAAGCGCGCAAGGUUUCAGAACUCUUGGAGUCUAGGAAUGGGUUAUACACGCUUUAUAUGGAACGUGUUGUUGGGGAACUGGCAAAGAUACUCUCUCCACUUGCCAGCCAAGGGAAGCUGGAUGUGGACAUCCUAUCUUACAUGUGCUGCUGACAAAUUGGUUGUACUGUUGAUUCCAAAUUUAGUUACUAAAGAUCUUUGCAUUUGACAGCAGAAUGGUGAUCACAACUUUUUAAAGCAUGGAUAAGGUGCAUUAGUUCUUUUUGGCAUUGGUGCUUUUCCUACAAGUCUGCAGUAUUAAUUUCAGAGAAACUACCAGAAGGAAAUUUGCCUGUGAUUUCUUUGCUCAUCAUCAGUCCUGAUUUCUUGUUUGUUCUAUAUAACCUGCAUUGCGAUCAGAUAAACAUUUGUUGUUCUGUCAAUUAUCUUUUAUCUGUCACCUUGUGGAGGAUUUAAUUUGUGCUAUGGCAUCUCGAGAUCAAGGAUAACUGUAUACUGGUUGCUUGGGAGAUAAUUGAGAAUAACUGGUACAUAGCAGUCAGAUGCAGCAUGGUCCUCGCUCCGACCGGUACAAGCCAGACAAUGAUGACUUGCGUGUGGCUAUGAACCAGUACCUACGAUUGCAGCUAAGAUGUAAGAGCAAUGCCAUUCCUUUCGGUGUGAACGAACAAUUCCAAGGAACCUUUAGGCAAAUUUCGGCAGUAAGAUAAGUAUCGAUCCGAGGAAGUCGAGACAUACAAAUCAAGUCUAGUGUUAUGUGAUUGCACCAACCGCUCGAAUCAACACAAAUCAAGUCUACAACGUGGCACCCAUGUGAAGAAUUCUAACCAUGAUGGCCGAUUGACUGUCCACCGACAUGCAGAAGGACCAGCGACAGGCUUUCAUUUUCCGGGAAAGAGAUCAAUUCUGACGCUGUUGCUUGUGAACGAGUUUUAGAAUAUCCAUUACAAGAUUGGUACGUUCUUUCUUACUAUGAAUGAAGCAGGCAUAAAUCAAAAUGUUUAGCUUGUGCAUUGUUUGCCCCCCACUUUAUACCGAGCCCUUUUUUUGACGCCAUGAGGGCCAUGCCAUCUACAUGCUUGGUCUGACGCAAUGAACCCAAUUCCCUUCUUUUGCGAGUGCUGGUCCUCGGAUUGGGUUGGCAAGCAGCCUGCGAGCACCAAACUUGGUUCUCAGAGUGGAGCUUCGCCACCAGUGCCAGCCAUGCUGCAGUGGACCGAGUUCAGUAGCCGCCACAACUCCUCCGACACCAACCAGUUCAAGGCCUGAAUGCGACUGUGAGGCUGUCUGGUGAUGGUGAUUCCGGAAGGGAAAACAUGCAGUUCGAUACUGUGAAAUCGAGUAGGUACUCGAAGAAAGGCGGCUUUGGAGGCAGAGGGAGGAUUAUUGGCGCGGGCUCGCAGUCGCUCCGUCAACCUCAUCAUCGUCGGAGCAGCUCGCCAUCGACGCUACAGCCGCGCUCUUCUCUAUCGCCCCUUCCCCUCCUCCUUUUUGCCUUGCUUUAACUGCGGCGACUUCUCUAUCGUUAGCGAUGAAAUAAUUGCCGUCGACCUUCAAACAUUGUACUACGUAAGCAUUGUAUGAACUCAUCUAAUCUAUAACUAUGACACCAGUCAUGAUGCUUCAUGCUACCAUUAGAAUAAGAUAGAUAGCCUUCCUUCUUUGAUUUACUUUUUAUAAGACAUCCUCUUGUUUGAUGA